AUGAAUGCGUUGCCUACACCUGGCGUCCAACGUCAGGUGAGCUGUGAGAAAGCCUUGCUGUCAGACGAUCUUUUGGACGACUCAUCGUCCGAAAGCUCGGAUGACCAGCAGGGUCGUGGAUUGGAGUUUCGGCCCCGGGAAAUCUUAUUCUACGAGAACAAAGCCUCGAUCUUCCGGGCACGCCGCGGCGCGAUCCGAAGAACUCGUGCCUCCCGUAGCAUUUUGUACGAGUAG